AGGAGCUGGGAGACGUAUAAUCCACCCUAGGCAAGCCCGUCCGGUCGACGGGCAGCCCACCGCACGCGGGCAGCUGCUCCGGGCUGCCAAUCCACCGCGCUGCUCCGAAGUCGGGCCGGCGACGUCGAGGCGAUGACACAACUCCUGGAUGGCGGCGCUGCGGUCGACCAAGCUAAAGGGGACGGCAGAACUUCCCUAUGGAUCGCCUGCCACCAGGGCCGCGUCGAGGCGGCGCGGCUGUUGCUGAACAAAGGCGCAGAGGUUGAUCGGGCGAAUCAGAACGGUGCGACGCCACUGUACGUCGCCUGCCAGAACGGUCACGUCGCAGCGGCGCGGCUCUUGCUGGAAAAUGGCGCGGAGGUCAAUCGGGCGAAGGAGAACGGCUGGACCCCGCUAUUGAUCGCCUGUUGGAAGGGUCACGUCGACGCGGCAAAACUGUUGCUGGACAAAGACGCGGCGGUCGACCGGGCUGCGGAGAACGGUGCGACGCCGCUGGGCAUCGCGCAGAAGAAAGGCCACUCGUCCAUCGUUGCGCUGCUCGAGGAGCAUAUUUAC